AUGACCGCACGGCAUAUAAUCUCUGAGCUAAUUAUCGGCCUUUUCAUGGACUUUGUUUGCAGUAAUCUCUCGAAUCUCAAGAAACAAUUUGUCUUUGACGAAACUCUACCCGCUGUACGAACAUUCACUCUCCGUGGUCUCGCGCACACACAUGCAUCUGCUGGCCGCGACUUUACCCAAACAGACCUGAAGGCCUUGCAGGGACUGGGAGGUUGGACACCCUUGAAUACAUCGACGCCCUUCUCCUAUGUUCCAUCUUGGACACACCCGCUAUGGCGCGAGGAUGUCGAGAUCGCCUUCGAUGGGACGUGGUAUAAAGUGCGACAAAAACUAGGAGAUCCUGCAGCGUCUAUGAGGCCAGCCCUACGCCCUGAAGACGAGGCUCGGCAUCCUACCGAAUACGCGCGGCGAUUCGGUGUCCACACGGACAGGCAGAGAGACAAUUGGGGCCAUUCCAGAAUGACACCUACAGAUCCAUCAUUUCAGCCAUCCGUACAGAGUUUUGAGGGCGAUGAGUAUGACAGGAGCUUGCAGAAUAUUGUAUUUGACUACGACACGGCCGAGCUAGCUAAGAUAGGGGCCUUGAACCCGAGACUCGACAUUGCCUGGCCCCCAGAUUUGGACGAUCCUGUUGACACACUUUUCGACCCUAUGAGGUGGACCCAGAUGUCGAUGCCGGGGUGGAAAGACUGGUCUGGCCUUUGGGAUGUACGUUAUGGUCCCAGCCUCGACGGUGUGGGGGGAGUAUACAACUACCAGACAAAUGAGAAGGUCCGCGAGGCUCUCCGCCCAGCGUUACAGUUGGUGUCGAAAAUUAUGAGAUCGGGCCAUCCAUACUGGCAGGCCAUGACGAGCCUCCACCACCUUCGGCCUGUCGACAAUGCGAAAGACGGUCGUACGAGUGAAGAGCGAUCCAGGCAAGGAGGCGUCCCUUACACCUCUGUGUGGAUACAUGUCGAUGGUACCGACGCAAGAAUGCCCACCCCAUACCCAGAAAUGCAAAGACUCAACGACCUUGGUUUCGACUCGAGGCUAGCCAGAAACGCAUGCAUGUCCCUCUUGUAUAGAUUCCUACAAUUCAGUAUAUACCUCGGCGAAAACAACAGCGGAAUGGUUCGAGUGUAUCAGGACCAAAAUGUGUGGGCGCCCCGGCUUUGCAUCAGUGCAACGCUCAUCUGGCCGCUACUUGUCCCCAAGAACCUGUCAGACAGUGAAAGGGCAUCUCAUACUUUUGCAAUUGCAUCAACGAUCUUGCACGAGCUGGCUCACGCAUGUGCUCACGCGCAUCGAUGUCUGAUGACUCGAACCCUCAUCUUGAAAAAGACGCCAAUAGGGGCAGCUCUUGGAGAGGAGAUACUCAACAGCCUGCUCAGGCUUGGUAACCAAGUAUUUGGUCCGAUGUUGAAAGAUUCCCAAGGAUUUCAAACACGGCCUAGUCGAAAUGACUUCUUUGCAGAGGACGCAGCGCAAGGGGAGGAAGGGCUGAACUUUGAGAAAUACCUCUGGGGGAACCGUAUUAUCAGGUUACCGAGAGGAGGAUCCAGUGCAUUCAUGUUGAUGCCUAUCAUCGCAACAUCCGACUGGCCAGUCGCCCACCCACAACCGUACCAACAAGGGAAAACAAAAGCAGACCAACGUGACACUGCAUAUAUGCGCUGGCUUGUCGAGCCUCGUGUCCAGAGCUGGAACGAGAUCACAGCUGUGCCCGUGGCAUGGUAUGCUCGACUCUUCCAAAAGACGUGGUGGCAGUCUAACUACCGGAAGUACGGCCACCAAGGACUAUUACUGGCCUGCAAUGAUGGGCAGGCCUUGUCAGACCAGCGAGCAAGAUCUGUGCCACUUUUCCCCAUCGAGAAUGAUCCUGACGAUAUGGUCGCUGUGCUGGGUUCGGAGGCAUACACUUGGCUCCGUGACACCAUGGCACGACAACUUGCGGACAAAGGACUUCGAGUGCUCAGAAGCUACAUCACGGCUAUGAUGUGUUUGGUGGCUGAGUCGGCUAUACUUGCGACGAGACUCGCAAAUGAAGAGGCGGGAUGGGCGCACAAGUGCCGGGAGAUGCAGAGGCUGGCUCUGAGAGUUGCCAGAUGCUAUACCGCCAUGGUCAACGCCAUUCACGGAGAUAUGGCGACACCUAGUACUACAGCAUCCUUUACAGUCGAAAAUGCCAAGGAGCGGAUCCGCGCCUUGCAGAACAGCGUGCGGCCAGCCUUGCAGAAUAUGAUGCAGCUCCGCAGAGUGAUCGACCAAGAGAUCGCUUACCAACAGAACAUUCUAAACAUGUAUCUGCUGCAGGGACAAAAUUUCCGAAAGGCAUUCAGGUCAUACAUAGUUGCUCUGCGAAAGAGAAUGACAAUUACACGGGAUCUUUUAAAUGGCCAACGCAUCAGCGUCUCCCUGGCAGAUCUGGGCGAUGAUGCAUACAAAGUCGGCGGAGGCUGGCAGGAGAUUUUUGAACAAAAGUUAGAAACAGACCUAGCAUGCGGCACAAAUGGCAUGAUUCCUAAGGAUCUGGCGACGGAAUCUCAUCUGCUUCUAGAGAUGCUGAAUGAGGUCAGGACUUUGCACACUGGGUUUCAACUGCAGGUGGAUAUGCUGGAAGAGAACAACAACCUGGCACAGAGCAUUGGUCCAGAUGGCUCUGUCGACCUGUCACUCUAUGGGCAAUCCAGGCUGCGAUCGGUGACGCGUGCAAGGCGCACCGGUUUUCUUCGGGCGUACAGGACUGCAGCAAUGAGAGAGAUGAGACGACUGGCGGAUGGCCCUAUGAAGAGAUUAGUUCGAGAGGCCGUGGGUAUUUUGUCUUCGUAUAUGGACAUAAGGCAGAUCGAAGGAGAUCUCCGUGUCCUGAGGUCCGAGACAGAGCGAAGGAACGACUUGAUGAGGGACGUCUAUGUGAUGCUCACGAAUGAAAGGCAGUUCAUGGCGGACAGACAAGUAGCGAGGGACGCAGGCCAACAAAGAGUAACUGAAGAUCCAACUGUGCAGGAUCUGAGAGUGCAGGUGUUGCAGAAGGCUGGGGGGCAUACUGGUGACCGGGCCUAUCUUGCGAGUAUCUGGACGAAUGCCACCAUACAAAAGUUUCUUGAUGGCAUGGAUCAAGAGCCCCUGCUAUGA